UCCCGCGGCUUCCGGCCCGGCUAGCCGAGCACUCCGGUCCGCACCACCCAGGCCGCCGCGCCCGCCACCUGGCGCACUGGGUUUCCCAGCUCAAUUAUUGCGAACAGCGCCUCAGGUUCGGAAGUGCCGUCCGGAUCACCUCUCCAGGUCGGGGGCUCUCCGUGGGUGAUCCCAAUUUCGGCGAGCCGCGAACAUCCACGGAAUCGUAGUCACCUGCUCACCUGGCUCCAGGCGCCGCCGGCUACUCCAGAGGGUUUCCAGAGUUUUUUCUAACUUCGCGGUUGCGCACACGGCUCGCGUCCGCGGCGGGAGAACGGUCUCCUCUCCCGCCCCCGGCUUGGGAAGCAGCUGACAGGGCAGCGCUCUGCUCACCGUCCAUCACCCGCGAAGGGGACGGAACGCAGAGCGGCUGAGUGAAUGAAUGGCGACCGGGCUGGGAGCGCCGCUGCUGCUGGCAGUGUGGGGCACGCUGGGGGCGACAGGUUUUCUGAAAGUGGAGAUGGCAGGGAAGACUCAGGUCGUGUUCCUCAAUGAGGACGUCACCAUCUACUGUAAGAUCCCCGGUUCCCUACUCCUGGACAGCAGCAUCAUGGGUGUCAUCUGGUUUCGGAAGAUUGGAGGAUCGGAAAUGGAAGCCAGGCUGUAUGAGUAUUAUGGCGGUCACCAAGCAGCAUUCCGACCUGGAGCCAGCGUGUCUCUUGAGCUGCUGGAGAGGGGAGACGCCUCACUGCGGCUGCCUGGCAUCCAGCUCAGGGAAGCCGGAGAGUACCGCUGUGAGGUGGUGGUCACCCCCCAGAAGGCAGAGGGCGUAGUCCAGGUGGAAGUUGUGGCUUCCCCAGCUGGCAAAGUAACUCUGGACCAAGCCCCAACGAAAGAAAACAGAUACGCACGUGUGGUGUGCAAGACAUCUGGGUUCUACCCUGAAUCCAUUACCAUAACUUGGGAGAAGUGGACCCAGAAGGCUCCCCAGCACCUACAGAUUUCUGAAGGCGUCUUCACUGGCCCUCCGGUCAAGAAUGAGGAUGGGACGUUUAAUGUUACUAGCUACUUGACACUGAAGUCCCCAGUGGAAGCUGAUGGGGCCAUCUACCAGUGCGUGGUGGGACACGUAUCCUUGCACACGUCCCAGCGGUUCAGUCUUCCAGCGAUUGAGACAGCAGAAUCUGCCAUGGAUAAUGACUUUUGGAUUUAUGUCUUCUCUAUUGCUGUGGCAGUUGUAUUUAUUGGACUGAUUUUCUUCCUUUGGAAAAGGAGCUGUCGGAAAACAAAUGCAUCCAGCAGUGAUAUUAGUUGAGAAAGAAGAGCUGGGGUUGUGACAAAAGGGGUUAAGGUGCUACUUGCAACACCAGCAUCCCAUAUGAGAAUACUGCACUGAGUCCUAGCUGCUCCACUUCCAACGAGCUCCCUGUAAUGCUCCUGAGAAAGUAGCAGAAGAUCGCCCCUGCACCAUGUGGGAUGUGGUAGAAUGAGAAGGCCAUGCCAAGAUGGCCGUGAGCAAGCGAGCAUCAGUUACUCAGGAAUGGCUUCGGAACCCACCUUGAAAAGGAGCCUUCCUGGCAACAGGCAGUGAUUGGUUAGGGCAUAAACUACUUCUUGACCGGAUUGGCUACCUUGGCUAUAUAAGCUGCUGUACCAACUGAAAUAAAUGAGUCUGCGGGCUGCUUGCCUCUGGCCUGCUUUCACCCGACUCCCGGUGUCUAUGUUGUGACUCCAUGCCUCUUGCCCCUACUGUGCUCCUCCUCUCAGAAGGAAUCAACAGCAACAAUAGGAGCCCCAGAAAAAGCUCAUGGCUCUUGGCUUCGGCCUGGCCCAUCUUCAGAUGGAAGAUUCUCUCACUCUUCCUCUCCUUCCCUCCACCCCCAACUCUGCCUUUCACAUAGAUAAAUAUUAAAGAACAACUGGAUUUUUAAAAACUUUUAUUUAAUAAAUAUAAAUUUCCAAAGU